AUGGCGGACAGCGCCAGCGAGAGCGACACCGACGGCGGCGGCGGCAGCGGCGGCACCGCGGGGCCGCUGUCGGGGGGCGGCCCGGGCGCCGGGCCCGGCUGCAGCGCGGGGGGCGGCGGCGGCGGCUCCUCGGGGGGCGGCAAGGCGGGCGGGAUCGUGAUCUCGCCGUUCCGGCUGGAGGAGCUGACGAACCGCCUGGCCUCGCUGCAGCAGGAGAACAAGGUGCUGAAGAUCGAGCUGGAGACCUACAAGCUCAAGUGCAAGGCGCUGCAGGAGGAGAACCGCGACCUGCGCAAGGCCAGCGUCACCAUCCAAGCAAGGGCAGAGCAAGAAGAGGAAUUCAUCAGUAAUACUCUAUUUAAGAAGAUUCAAGCUCUGCAGAAAGAAAAAGAAACACUUGCAGUAAACUAUGAAAAGGAAGAGGAAUUUCUCACUAAUGAGCUCUCAAGAAAACUGAUGCAGCUGCAACAUGAGAAAGCUGAACUGGAGCAGCAUUUAGAACAGGAACAGGAAUUUCAAGUGAACAAACUGAUGAAGAAGAUUAAAAAACUGGAAAAUGAUACAAUUUCAAAGCAGCUCACCCUGGAGCAGUUAAGACGUGAGAAGAUUGACCUUGAAAAUACUUUGGAACAGGAGCAAGAAGCACUAGUGAAUCGUCUCUGGAAGAGGAUGGAUAAGCUUGAAGCAGAAAAACGAAUUUUGCAGGAGAAAUUAGACCAGCCAGUAUCUGCUCCACCGUCACCCAGAGACAUAUCAAUGGAGAUAGACUCUCCAGAAAAUAUGAUGAGACAUAUCAGGUUUUUAAAGAAUGAAGUGGAGAGGUUAAAGAAACAACUGAGAGCUGCACAGUUACAGCAUUCAGAGAAGAUGGCACAAUAUUUAGAAGAGGAGCGACAUAUGAGAGAAGAAAACUUGAGACUUCAAAGAAAAUUACAGAGGGAAAUGGAACGUAGGGAAGCUCUCUGCAGACAACUGUCAGAAAGUGAAUCCAGCUUAGAAAUGGACGAUGAAAGAUAUUUUAAUGAGAUGUCUGCACAAGGAUUAAGACCUCGCACUGUGUCCAGUCCUAUCCCUUAUACACCCUCACCAAGUUCUAGCAGACCUAUAUCACCUGGUCUGUCAUAUGCAAGUCACACAGUUGGUUUCACACCACCAACUUCACUGACUAGAGCUGGAAUGUCUUACUACAAUUCCCCAGGCCUUCAUGUGCAACAUAUGGGACCAUCCCAUGGUAUUACAAGGCCUUCACCACGAAGAAGUAACAGCCCCGACAAAUUUAAACGUCCCACUCCUCCUCCUUCUCCAAACACGCAGACCCCCGUGCAGCCACCUCCGCCACCACCUCCACCUCCUGUGCAACCUCCGGGCCAACCCGCAGCGUCGCAGGCAGCCAAUUUUCAACAUUCAGUGCAUCCCUCCUCUCAGCCUUAGUGCAUGUGCUCAGCAGUCUCUAUGUCAGAAGUGGACUCAUAACACGGAGCAGUUUACUAAAAGCCAAAGGCUUACUUGGCAUAUUUGGAUUUGACUUAUUUGCACUGAGGUUAUAUAGGCUUCACUGUUAAUUGUGUUGUAAACGUUUGUAUAAAAUGCAGCCAGUGUUGUGGGUCUACAACACUAACUUAACAAAGUUUUCCAUCAGUGUUUACUUGAACUACAUGUAUGUCCAUUCUCUGGCUGGAACAUUUGCUACUCUGUUUGGUAAUACGGCAUUAUGUCGUUUUGCUUGGCUCCAAAGCUUCAUUUUCCUGGCUUUUAGGUUUGUAAAAUUAAAGGGAUACCUUUUUAUAUUUUUUCAUGACAAUUUGCAGAAAAUGAAAGGCACGAUGGGCUACAUCAUAAAUUCUGAAAUAUUACGUUGUUUACCAAGCUUAUGGAAAAUCAGCACUAUGUUUCAGUCAUUUAAAAUAUCAGCUUCUAGUGCAAAAGUGAGUCAGACACCCUAAUCAGUGCCCAAUACACCAACUCUAUGGUAUUACAUGGCAAAUAAGAUUAAUUCACAGAGGACACAUCCAUAUUUCUCCUGUUUAGAAGCACCUCAAAUGUAUGGUACAGUCAGGACUUUACACUGAGGGAACUGGCUUGUUGGAGUCUGUGGAAUGUACAAUUCGUGGCCCUUAAGAUUUGAUGAUGUCACUUGACAUUUCUGUUAACCUGUAAGCUGCCCAUACCGUGUGCCCUGUCACAGUGACUGUUGGGAAGUGUGGUCCUGCCCACAGGUUACUGAGAGCUGAUUCAAGUGUGUGCUCUUGGAUUUUUUUGCUGCAGAAGGCAAUGUGAUUGUAGAGAACAACUGAUGAUAAUUUCUUUCUUGUUAAAAUAUAUUCAUUGUGAUUCCCCUGAAGCAAAGUUUGAACAGGUAUUUUAAAUGUUCAAAAGUCUGUUAGAAAAUGAGAUGAGCAUAGAGGAGUAUAUUGGCGUAACAGCCAAAACUUUGUAUUGCUUGGUAGAAACAGAGUACAAGAAAGUAGCACAACAUGGCACUAAUGAAUGCUUAUUUAGCAGCCUAAGCCGGUACAAUGUAUAAAGAAAUGUAUUCUGAAUACAUUCUUUCCAUUCAUUUAGCACAAAUAAAUUGGUUUCACUUUGCAGUGGAACAAAGUGUCACUUCUUGAUAUUGACAUCUUACUCGGUUACAUUUUUCCUGAGGUUUAUAUAUUAUUGAUUAUUUUAAAUGGUUUACCUCAUAUAUAUGGAUAUGUGGGCCAUGGAAAAUGACAAGAGAAUGUUUAUUUUAUGAGAAUAUGUGUCUGGCUAUAAUCAGAGCAGAACAUGAGUAAUUUAUCUUUUGUUUACAAAAGUUUGUUUGACAUGCCUAAUGCUUUAUUAAGGACAUUUUUAAGAAGGAAGUGCAGCAUUCUGGUAGUAUACUAACACUUGUACAUAUAUUGUCAUUUUUGCCGCUCACGUAUUCAGUCAGAAUUGCAAACUGAAAAUCUUUAUGAAAAUAGUGCUCCAAAGUUGUAAGUUAAAAUAAUGUUGUAAAAUGUUCUGCUUAAGGCAAAAUUAGAAUUUCUUCACUGUAGUUAUGUAGUUUCAGCUCUGAGAGAAUUUAGAGAAAUGCAUAUAUAGUCUAUUACACUUCUUAAACCAAUAUGGGAUCAAGUGCAUUAUCAAAUUACAUUAAUUAUGGUAGUGACUCUCUAGUCAAGUGAUUCUCAAGAUUGUGGCAGACCUAAAAUUUGACCGGUGCUUCCAUUUGAAAAUAAUUGACCAUAGCAGAUGCUCAGCUUUCCGUAGAGGAAACUCCGCUGUGAGCAUUAUAAUUAAACAGAGCUCCUGAAUCAGUGAUAGGAUUGUGUGGGAGAAAGUGACAGGUAGUCCGAGGUGGGACUAAGGUCAAGACAGGAUCAGCUCAGUUUGAUGCUUGUCCUUUUGUAAACAUAAGACGAAGAAAAAGAUAUAUUCUUUAUUAAGCAGGAUUCCAGCUCAAGUAUCCCAGAAUUUGAAAUUGUGCCCUCCUUUCUGAAGUGCUUUGAGAUCCUUGGAUGUACGGCUCUACAGAGGGCAAUCUCAUGGUGGUGGUAGCACAAACGUGAGUGGAAAGGGAAGAGCCUUUGACAGUGUUUUAAGAUCUCAAAAUGAAAAAUUGCCUAGAAUAAUUUACAUUUGAAGCAUAUUCCAAAACUGAAUUUGCGUAACCCAAGUUCAGCUGCUGUUAUAAAGUGUCUUAGAGAACUCUCCUUACUGUUCCAGUGGGACUGUUACCAGAAGAAAGUAAAGAACUGACAAAUGUAUACUAAACCUUGAAAGUGUAACAAGGCGCUAAGUUGGCCUUACCGAACUGAGAACGUUGAACAAACGUUUGCUUGCAAUCAGAAGUGUUAAACUCUAUUUGUAGACUUUUUGAAUAAGAUGAGAAAUUGUGCACAACCAUCUCCUAAUAAAUGUAAAUGAAUUUUCAGUUUUCCUUGUGAAUGAUAGUCAUGAAUUAUGAUUCUGCAGCUGUGAUUUUAUCAGAUCUAUAGACUGGAGAAACUCACUUGACAGUGAGGUCCAGCUCACUAUGAGGGCUUAAGUGCUUUGUUUCUCUCAGAAGCACCUGGGUGGGUUUCUGUCAUCCUUUUCAUCACUAAUGCCUCUCAGUUGCACACUGCAUUGUCACUAGUUGUGUAGGGCCACAGAAGCAAUUUUUAGCUGUGUGUGGAGCAUUUUGUGAGCGUACCCCUUUACAGCUAAAGAUUAAAAAAAGAAAAAAAAUCUACCUUUUAGCUGUUUCACCAGUGCUUUCCUCUCUGACAAUCAAGCAGCUUUCUUUUUGUAUUUUCUCUCAAGGGAUCUGGCUUGGACACUGGAAUGCAGCUGAUACUCUGUAGAACUUUAAGAGUUUACUUUAGCCACGAUUUGUUCCACGGAAGUUCUUUGGAAGAAGAUGUGGGACUGUUUGGAGAUAGUCUUGCAGCCAAAAGCCAGAUAAGACUCUUUUAAUUACAUGUACUCUUCUGAGAGCAUAUUCCCAAGGGCAGAAAGUACAUCAAGAGUUCUUCCAGAAAGUGUUAGUGCUUUUCUGUUGGCAAUCACUAUACUGGAGCUGAGCAGAACAGGAUUCCUUUUCUGUUAAAAUGUUUUCAUUUAGGAAUCCAGCUGCCUGGGUGGAAUCCCUGUGCACUUCAGCUGAAUGAAAAAUGCAGUCUUGGAAGCAAUGAAAAUGAGAGAAUGCUUCCUGGGAUCUGUGCGAGUUGCACCUCUGACAGGAGAGUAUAUGGACUCUGUAUAUUUUGUUAAAUAAAUGGAAACUGAUCAUGGAGACAAAAGCCUUGAGUAGUUUGUCAGUCAAAGAAACACAGUCUCUCAUCCUCAGUAUCGAUUUUUGCUUACUAAGAGGAUGCAGCCAGGGACCUUGAUUAAAUUUUACACUGUUUUUUCUGAUCCUAAUGCUUAGUUUUACAAGCAGUACAAGUUCUAAUGCUGUUCAACUCUUUCUGAUGUUUCCUUUUUUUUCAGUCAUGGCAGUCUAUUUCUUUUUGAUCCUUGGGAGUCUACAGAGCAUGGACUAUGCAGAGCAUAUUUCUCCAGUUCAAGCCAUCUCAUAAGAAACCAGAAGGUUUAUGAGUGUAAGCUAUAAAACUAUAAUACAUGCAUAUGUUACAACAACCUCCUUGAGAGGAAAGAUCUCUUGUCUUAAAGAGAGGGUAAACAGAGCCCCUAAAUACCAAAUGGACUAUAUCCAUAGAGACAAUCUGGUUUCCUCAGUUCCCUGAGAAGCUGAAUUCCUCUCCCAGGGUUUUGGUUUUUUAUUUGGAUUAAGGUUCUUAAAAUUUUAGAUUAUUUAGAAUUCCACAUCUCACUAUAAUAAGUACUCAGGAUCCUUCAUGUUCCUUUUGGGUUACAACCAUUAGUCCCAGUACAAGCAGAGGUUGAGUCAAUGCCACUUGUAGACAGGAGGAAGUCACUGAAUAUGCCAGACCGUGGCCUUUACGAUGCAGUUAAAGUGGGAGUGUGUGCUCAUAUAAUGAUUUAUUUUUCUAAGCAGCUGGUUUGGGAUUAGAGGUGUAUCCUGAAGAGGAGAUAAACUGUGGAGUUUGGUGCUGAUUACAGACAGCUGCUGCUACUUUAGGGAGACGAGUGCUUGUGCCUGUUCCACUAGUUGGGCUCCAAAGAAAAGUACUACCUCAUCUUUCAGUUGGGAUAAUGUGGCCACAGGGUCAGCAGAAAUGUUGUAGCUGUGUUAGGUUUCGUUCUGCAUGUAGUACCUGGGUGGGAGCCUUUCCUCGCUGGAGUGGGGCUCCAGGGAUUAUAAAGCUUUUGUAGAGGAGGAGUGAAGAGUUAGGACAGAUGGCUGAGGGUUGAGUUUGUGAAAAUUGUAUCCCUGUAGUAAAUUGCUGCUCAGAGUGCUCCUUGUCUAGGCCCGGGGAUUGCCUGUACUAAAACUAUUUUUGGGGGGCCUUUUUUUUGGUGUGAUUUCCUUUGAAAAAAUGCUGUGUUGCAGUUCUUUAAGUUCAUGGCAUUGGUAUCUAAUUAAAAUACAACAACAACAAAAAACCACAAAAAGCAUUUCCCCUUUCCACAGAGAUAUUGGAAGUAGUCUUCUAUGUGCAAAGGUGGGUUUUCUCAUGAUAAAACUUAAUGCUGUAUCUAUAAACUGAGAUGUUUUAUUCUAGUGGUAAAACCUAAGCUGUCCAAGGCACUUUAUUUUGUGAUUGCUGACUUUUGUUUUGGCAGGUGUUUCAGAUGAAAUCUAAGCCUCCUGUGGAGGAAGAAAAAAAUCACCUGACAGCUGUAGACUGUUCCUUUCCUGCAGAAAUACAGCAAUUUCCUCAAAUGCAAGUGGAACAAGCAUCCUUGAGCUUUUCUGAAACUUAUAUUUAAUUUCAGUACCUUGGUGAUUGCUCUUGUAUAUUUAGAGAAUCGAUGAAGCCUCAUUAUAGGUUGGUUGGGUGUCUAGCUGGUUGUUCCUAUGUUUUUCUGAUCCUAGGGAAGGAAGCCUGUUUGAAUUUGGAUCAAACAAUGGCCAGAGUGCAGAUUUGUUGAGCAUGAAUCCAGGUGGUGACUUUAAGAGCGUUACACUGUGUUGGUGUGGAUCAGAGCUUAUUGUAAGAACCUCAGAUAUAAAGAAGUUUUUUUCUUUAGCAGGUUACAUUUUAUUCCUGUACUAGCUGUAUUAUUGCUUUUUUGUAUAUCUCAAGGUGUUUACAUAUAUUUGUAAUUGUUACAAUGUGUCUGUAAUCAAGCUCAUCUGUGCCUUCAUGCAGACUUCCAAUAAACACUUGAUUUUUUUUUGUAUUUACUCGUA